AUGCGUCCCGUCCCGUUUUGCCAAAACCCUAAUCAUCACCACACCCGUUCGGCAAUAUCGAUCGGCAAGAACAAGAUGCAGAUCUUCGUGAAGACGCUGACGGGGAAGACGGUGACGCUGGAGGUAGAGAGAAGCGACACCGUCGCCAAUGUCAAGGCCAAGAUCCACGACAAGGAAGGCAUCCCGCCGGACCAGCAGCGCCUCGUCUUCGCCGGCAAGCAGCUGGAGGACGAGCGCACUCUGGCUGACUACAACAUCCAGAAGGAAUCGACGCUGCACCUGGUGCUCCGCCCCGCGGCGGCGGCGGCGGCAAGGCUCGCGCUCAAGUACCGCCAGCACAAGAUGAUCUGCCGCAAGUGCUAUGCUCGCAACUCCGUCAGGGCCGAGAACUGCCGCAAGAAGAAGAAGGCGGCCACACACAAGCGAGGUGACGACGACAAUGCAAACUCGAUCGAUCUCUUCUUCAAUUCGUCCGUUUAA